CUUCUUCAGGACUUUUUCAACAUGGCAAGUUGAAGAAACAUACAGAUUCACACGACUGAUUGCUGCAUGGGCCAUAUUGGUAUAUUCAUACUGUACAACAGGACUUGUGUCAUGUGAUUUAAGUAAGGGGACGGCCACCUAAAGCAGCACCAUGUCCUCCACUCUACACAGAUCUCUCAGUGCUCCUCUCUGCAUCAUUCUGUAUGUCAUAGUUUAUGCCAGCCAUGUGAAUGGAUACACGUUUGGGGAGUGCAUCUUACAUGAGCCUCAAAAUAACCAAACAAAAUUUUUCUGCUUCAGAAAACACCUCAAAAAUGUUCCUGCACAUCUACCAGUUGUUAUAACACAUUUAGACAUUUCUCAGAACAACAUCACUGCAAUAAAGAGAGACGAUUUUAAAAACCUUGUACAUUUAGAGAUCUUAAACAUCUCACAGAAUCGCAUCUCUCAUGUGGAGAGAGGCGCUUUCCGAAACUUGAUAUCGUUAAAACAGCUGAACCUAACCAAUAACAAUUUGAACAAAAUCACAGAUGAGUUCUUCCGUGGCCUGCCUAAUCUAAACGUGCUUCUCCUGGAAUUUAAUGGCAAUUUAACUAUAGAUCCCUCUUCAUUUUCUGUCUUUUCCAAGCUUGAGUGUGUGAAACUGUCUGGCAAUAACCUGAGAAACAUAACAUAUCUGCAACCCAUAUUCCGGAUAGAGACCCUGAAAGAACUUCACAUUGCGCACAACAAUAUUUCACAUUUUCAGUCGACGGAUAUUUCACAUUCAUCCCUCCAAAUUGAAAUGCUGAACUUAUCUUCAAAUCCAAUCAGUAUUUUUACCAUCACAGCAAAUAUUUUCCCCAACCUUACAGCCAUUGAUUUGUCUUUCUGCUUUUCAAAGCCACUUUCAGAAUGGAAGGUGCUCAGCCCAGACUUCUUUAGGAAUGUGAGAAGGCUUGAUCUGACAGGAAUUCAUAUUUCAUCUGUGGAUUUUAAUGUCAUUCUGCAAACAUUCAAUACGUCCCUUGUUCAGCUCAAUAUGAACUAUGUGCCUUCUGUACAAACAUUGAUAAGAAAUGCUUGUCUGAUUCCAACACUAGCAGAGUUGGUGCUUGGGCACAACGGUAAACUAACUUUACAGAGUAAUCAUAUUUUAAGAACAAAGCAUUAUAAAACACCCCCUUUUGGUCGUUUGAAGUCUCUUAAAACACUUUUUGUCUUUUCUCAGCGUCAGCAUGAAAUACAGACUUAUUUACCUGUGGAUUUGCUGUGGAAUCUGACAAAUUUGACAGGUUUCUGGGCCCAAAACGUUGGAUUCCAAGAUAUAAAUGAUGACUUCUUCAAAGACAACACACAGCUCAUUGUACUUGGCCUUAGUGAAAAUAACCUCACAUUUCUCUCUCCUAAAAUAUUCCGGCCCCUGCGACAACUCCUCCAACUGUAUUUGGAAAAAUGCAACCUUAAGACUUUAGAUUUCAUUGUGCAAGCAAAAUUACACUCUCUCAUUCGUUUGAAGAUCAGAAAUAACCAAAUCAGCUCCAUAAACGAUACAGUUAUCCAGGCCCUUCCCUCAUUACAGUUACUUGAGAUGAGAGGAAAUACCUUCACCUGUGACUGUUUAAACGAAGGGUUCAUCAAAUGGGUGCUCACAAAUAAUUUGACACAAGUACUUGAAGCGAAUACAUUUCAGUGUAAUAGUCCACCAAAUCUGAUAGGGACUGAGCUCCUAAAGUUAGACUUGCAUUCUUGCUCAAUUGACUUUGGGUUGUAUUGUUAUAUUUCCAGCACUUCUGUGGUGCUCCUGACAUUGGUCGCAUCCCUCCUCUAUCACUUCCUACGCUUGCAAAUAAUUUAUGCCUAUUAUAUGUUCUUGGCAUUUCUCUAUGACAAAAAGAAAAAGGAUCCAAAAAAGUCUAGGUUCCAAUAUGAUGCAUUUGUUUCCUACAACCUCCACGAUGAACACUGGGUCACUGGUACGUUGCUUCCCAAGCUAGAAGGGGAACAGGGAUGGAGACUGUGUUUGCACCAUCGGGAUUUCCAACCAGGAAAAUUCAUCGUGGACAACAUCAUAGACGGCAUCUACGGCAGCCGCAAGACCAUCUGUGUCAUCAGCCAGCACUACCUGGAGAGCGAGUGGUGCUCCAGGGAGGUUCAGGUGGCCAGCUUCCGGCUGUUUGACGAGAAGAAGGACGUUCUGAUUCUAGUGUUCCUGGAGGACAUUCCGGAAUACCGGCUGUCAGCACACUACAGGAUCAGGAGCCUGGUGAGGAAGCGGACGUACCUCCGCUGGCCCAAAGCCGGAGAGGACACACGGGUCUUCUGGGAGAAACUAAGGCUCGCCCUGGAAAAUGGUUCCAAUCCCCACAUGCGCACAUCAAUGAUCUAG